CGCUUCCAAGCCGCGCCUGCUGGUUUCCUUUCCGCGGUUGGGGGGUGGACGACUGCCCCGUCCACACGCAUUAAAACAACCAUGUGGAUAAUGGUGUCUUAUAAAAGGGACAGCAGACGGCGAGGGUGAAGGUUGUUUUAAUUAUUUUGAGUCCGGCUAAUUUUGGGGUUUUGGCGGAUGGACAAGAAGAGCGGGAGCGGAGCAGGACAGCCUCACCACUGACGAUAGCAGCGGGCGUCAGCAGACGUAAAUAUCAUGCCGACAAGUGAUGGUCCGAGCCGCUUUCCCGUCUUUGCGGCGCCCCCCCAAGGACACCACCCGCGGCCUCCGGGUUAUGUUCCCGGGCGGGUGGCUCCGGUCCGCUCCCCACCACCGGCCAAAGCUCCGCCACCGCCGCCACCGAUCAAACCUCAGGGCCUGGCACCGCAGAGACAGGCCACUUUCAGCCUUACAGACGGCAACCAGGACAGAGAGCAUGCUCAGAGCCUGCAGCAGAGAAAAAACACACUCAUCUGCUUAGGGGUAUCUAUGGGUGCCUUCCUGUUGACCCUCAUACUCGUCCUUAGUCUCACCAGCGGGGACAUUUUAGAUGAGAAUUGCCCUGACCACAACCCUUCUUUGAGCGACUGGAACCCGGGCCAACAACCACAAACGGCGGUUGUUGUCAGGAGGGGAGAUUUAUUUCGACUGGAGUCUUCAGCGACUUUCCGGUCACUCACCAUCCAAUCAGGAGGCCGUGUAGUCUUUGCAGACAACGCCGACGGCUCCAAGAACAUAACCUUGAGAACACGACACAUCUUGAUUGAAAAAGGCGGAGCCCUUUACAUCGGCGCACCGAAAUGUCGCUACCGUUCCCACGCCGCCAUCGCCCUGACGGGGCGCUCCGACAGCAAGGAGAUCUCCGAAGUACCCGAUCUGGGACAAAAGUUCAUCGGCGUCAUGAGUGGCGGGACCCUAGAGCUUCAUGGCACAGAGCGAGUUUCCUGGUCUCUGUUGACCCAGAGCGUGCCGGCCUCGGGCCUGACGACGGGAGGCUACGCCUUCCAGCGCAACUUCAGCAGAGGCAUCAACCUGCGCGUGGUGGACCAGGACACGUCCGAUAUCCUGCUCAGGGAACGUUACGACACCCACGAAUCACGAAACGACAGUCGACGACUCACCCAGCUGCUCCGCGGCCUGCCGGUGGGUCGCAUUGUCACGCUUGCUGUUGGAGACUCGGCCGUCAAAAAUCUUCUGGAGGAAACUAAGAAGGCGAUUGAAGAGACGCUUGGCAGCAGCUACGUCUACGACCUCAAGUACAGGCAGGCGUGGGCUUUGGUGUCAGUGGUCGGCGGCGGCAACGCGUCGUGCUCAGAAGAUGUGAGGGAACACGAGAACCACGACACAGGAGGACGCGCCGUGGCGAGCCGCAACUUCACCACAGUGAACGGCGUGCGCUUCUCGGUCACCGCCUACAGCGAAUGGAAGAACGGUUUCCCCAUCUCGGGCUUCCAGGUAGAUGCUGUGGACCAGGUGGUGCUGAAUCUCCAGGAUGAGGUGCAGCGGACCUGGCAACCCAGCAAUCAAAUAGUUGUUGCCAGUACAGACUAUUCCAUGCACCAAGCUGAAGAGUUUACCCUUCUACCCUGCCCUCACUGCAACAGCAGGCAGGUUCGAAUAGAAGGGAAGCCUCUUUAUAACCACGUCGGCGAGAUCGUGGAUGGAGUGGACAUGCGUGCCGAGGUGGCGCUGCUCUCUAGGAACAUUCUCAUCUACGGAGAAAUGGAACCCUCCUGCUACGGAAACAACUUGUGUCAGUUUUACAGCCAUGACACCUAUGGAGGCCACGUCAAGAUCUUUGGCAACUUCUCAUCAGUGCAUCUGUCCUACGUGGAGCUGAAAAACAUGGGCCAGCAGGGCGAGAGAAGCCGCUACCCGCUCUAUUUCCACAUGUGUGGCGACGUGGACCAGAAGGGAGGCUACUGGGAGCCCACCUACGUCGAUGGACUCUCCAUACACCACUCCUUCUCUCGGUGUCUUACCAUUCAUGCCACCAACGGCUUGCUGGUGAAGAACACCGUGGGCUACGACACGCUGGGCCACUGCUUCUUCCUGGAGGAUGGCAUUGAACAGCGCAACACGUUCUACCACAACCUGGGCCUGCUGACGCGACCCGGUACUCUGCUGCCCACUGAUCGCAACGAGACCCUCUGCCUCAGCAUCAAGGACAAAGUCUACAAGGGAUAUACUCCCUCACCCAGCACCGAGUGCAAGGCGGUUUCUACAUUUUGGAUCGCCAACCCCAACAACAACCUUAUAAGUAAUGCCGCCGCUGGUUCUCAGGAUGCCGGGAUAUGGUUUGUGUUCCACAGCUCCUCUACAGGAGACUCUCAUGGCUCUGUGCCAGAAACAAAGGCAGAACUCACUCCCCUGGGGAUUUUCUACAAUAACCGCGUUCACUCCAAUUUCAAGGCCGGAUUGUUCAUUGAUAAAGGGGUGAAGACCACCAAUGCAAGUGCCGCAGACCCCCGGGAGUACCUGUGUCUGGACAACAACGCCAGAUUCCGACCUCACCAGAAUGCAGAUCCAAGUCGACCUCGAGUGGCGGCAGUGAUUGACACGCUCAUCUCCUUCAAGAACAACGACAUGGGCGCGUGGAUACGAGGUGGUGACAUCAUCAUACAGAACUCUGGGUUUGCGGACAAUGGAGUGGGAUUAUCCUUUGCCAGUGAUGGCAGCUACCCGAAGGACGAAGGCUCCAGUCAGGAGGCGACCCAGUCUCUGUUCGUGGGUGAAAGCCGAAACCGGGGAACCAACGGAGGGCAGAAUAAAUACUGGGGCCUAGGAGGAACCGAUGGAAAGAUGAGGACCCUUCCCAGAAACAGGACGUUCCCAAUCCGAGGCUUUCAGAUUUACGACGGCCCGGUGCGACUCACACGGAGCACCUUCCGUGCUUUCAUCCCUACACCAGAACGAUACACCAGCGCCGUGGGUUUUAGCCUGAAGAACACCUGGCAGCUCACGCCCCGGAACAACAUGUCCCACCUCCACUUCCACCCAAGCGUGGAUCUCCGAGCAUUCUUCGGUCGCCCGGGGCAGUGGUUUGAAGAGAACGACCUGGACGGGGACAAGAACUCAGUCUUUCAUGACGUGGACGGCUCGGUGACCGGCUACAGCGACACCUAUGUCGGCAGGAAAGACAAUUACCUGAUCCAACAUCCCGGCUGUGUCAACAUGUCGCCCUGGAACGCUGUGAUUUGUAGCGGCCGCUAUUCUCAGGUGUACGUCCAGACCCAAGGAGCUUCCGAUCUCGCGCUGUCCAUCAAUAGAGACGAGUACCCCGCAGCGCCCCUGGUUCUGAGGGGCAUUAACAGCCAGGGGGCGCUGUCGCAGCAGUAUCAGCCCGUCCUGAUGAUGAACAAGAGCUACACGCUGCACUGGAGCGGAACUGCCCCUCGGGAGGUCGUCCUCUCCCUCAUCAACUUCGACAAGGACGACUGGGUGCUGAUUGGACUGUGCUACCCAGCAGGCACUGCCUUUCAGGUCAUGGCCGACAUCAACGACAGGCAGACCAACACUUUCGAUGACAUCACCGACUACGGGCCCGUCUUCUCUCUCGCCGAGCUGGAGUCGAAACCGUUGGAGAGGAAAUACUUCUUUGACCAAAACGUCGGCUUGCUGUGGCUCUACCUUCGGGCCCGCCAUGGUCGUGAUGGUCACAGCUACUGCUCCUUCAAAGGCUGCGAAAGAGUAAAAAUCACAGCUACGACGUCCUCCCAGCAGACCUGCAACUGCACCGGCAAGGCCUAUCCCAAAUAUGCCAAAAUCCCCUCAGCUGCGGUGCCCAUGCCGGCUGAAAACACACAACCCUGCAAGGACUGCGGAGCCAAGCAGCGUGUGUUCACGAGUGAGCCGUGGACGUCCUACCUCCAAACACGAGUCAAGUCUCUCAGCGUGAGGGAGCAGCAAAAAGGCGACGGCGAGUCCUUUAUUGCUGCUAAUGAGGACAUGGUGGCCUUCACUCAGCCUGGCUAUCUCGUGGUCUCUGUGGACGCCUGCUCGGGAAAAGUCACCACGAAGGUCCAAUUCUCCAGGAUGGACACCAAAAUGAAGCAUCACCUCGAAAAUGGCAUACCGGCCAAGUCCAUAGUGCUGAUGGCCACACAUGGUCAGCCUGAAGGCCUGGCUGAUGUGGCUCCAUGUCUUGUCUCCUUGGGGCUGGCCAAGGCUGCUGAUCUUCACAAUAAAGAGAGUCUGGCACUGUGGGCCUUCCAGGGCCACACCCCCCACCCUCCUUGGGUCUGGCUCCUUGCGGGGCAAGGGGACGAGAUCCUGGGCUUGCAGGAGCGCUACUUGCCCCUGGGUCUGGAAGCGUACGGCUGCUCAGUGUCUGCAUCUCAAAACGGCCGCAAAGACCUGGAGCUGCUGAAGGAAGCCACAGGACUUGAGUGAACCAAUGUGAACUGCACCACACACACACUUCUUGCACACAGAACACACACACCAUGUGAACUGCUGAAUUUUUUAAUUUAUUAACAAUGGCAUAUAUGUUGUUUGCCUCGGGCCUUUAAGUCAAUGCACUUUUUUGUCAAGCCAAAGUCAGCGAAUGGACCUUUUUGAAAUGAAACACAACAAAUCAAAGCACCUAUUUAUAUUCAUUACGUUGUGUGAAAUGAGAACACAAAUGUGAUCAGAAAGAAAGGGCGCAUUAGUUCCACUCAGGCUGGGGGGAGAUGAUGAGAAGUAGGAACAAAUGAGAGAAAACAUGUUUGAUGGGAAGCAAAACUGGAAGGAUGUAGCUGCACUAAGUCAAAUGUGUUCAAAGAAAUGCCAACGCCUCGAAAAACACAACAAUAAUAUUUAAAAGGCUAAUAAACAAAAGCCGAUGUGUCAAAUAAAAGCUGUUUUUUACAUCACAUGCUUAUUUAACCCUUGUGCACUCCAAACGGGCAUUACAUUUUUUUAAAUUUAUUUAAUUAAUUGCAUUGUGUUUUUGAUUGCAGCGUCGUUGGAAUAGGUUACACACACAAAAUAUACACACGCUCUCUGAAGAGCCAUUCGGCCUCGUUGACUCCCUUUAGAACUGAUAUUUUUUAACAGCCUGUAAACCUGGUAUAUUACUAUGCUGUUUCUAUGACAACCCAAUUCAUCCAAUUCUUUGGCCGAUUGAAAAACAAUGUGCCAGAAUGUAUGGUAUAAUUCUCAGAGCUUUGAUGAGUUAACCUGCCAUUAAAUCGCUGAAAUGCAAUAAAGAUGAUCUUGGGCAGUUAAUAAAUACAUUUAAAAAAGCAUAUGUGUGUGUGUGUGUGUGUAUAUAUAUAUAUAUAU